UCCUGUUUAUCCGGGGGUUCAAAUUAUCAGUUUUGACAACAUAGGGGUCAUUUUUGAGAUAACAAUAACAUGAAGGUCAUAUCUGAGAUGCAGCCAAAAUAUUAAGGGUAUUUUCCUACUUAUUCUUUUACAAUAGGUGUCCUUCUUCUUUUGUUUUCACUCUCGCUCUCUCGCACAGCUGCUGUUUCUGAAGAGAUUUUAUGAAAAAUGGAACCUCAAGCAGUCUAGGUAAGGGAUAUUGUUUCCUCAAAUGGCAUUGUCCAUACGUUUGAUCCCAAUAGUCCCUUCGGAAUUACAUUUUGGUUCUCAAACAAGACUUUCAGCUGCAACAUUUUCAUCGCAAGGGCUCCUUAGAGUUCGAGCUGUGCAGGACAAUGGAGGGCCUAGAAGAUUAGUUGACAUUAUCAGACGCGUUCCUGAAAUAUCGAGGAGCUACUUUCGAAGUCCUUCGAGGAGAGCUCUUUUUGGUGGAAUCUCACUGUUGGGUGGAUUUUAUGUGGCACAGACUAUUUCUCUAUCAUUUGGAGCUUUAGGAGUAAAUGAUGUGAUAGCUGCAGUGAUAUGUGUUCUCUUGACAGAGUAUGUGACCAGAUUUUAUUACAGUCGCCCCAAGGUAACAUUCCCUGUUGCUCUUCUCAACAAUUUCAAGAUGGGGUUCACUUAUGGUCUAUUCAUUGACGCGUUUAAGCUUGCUAGUUAACAACAUUUCUGAUUAGUAGCAUUCAAUUUUGUUGCCUGGUACUUCAUCUUUCCAUGUUCUUUACCUUUCACUUUGACGACUUCCUCUAUUGGUUUUGUAAACAUACAUAGCAAAUACUAUCCUUAUGAAUGAUAAUUUACCAAUGUUGAAAGUGAAACAGCUGGUAGCUUGAAAGGAUUUGCUUCGCUCGUAACUUGCUUCUUGCAUUUUCAAAUUGGAAUAGAUGUAGUGCAAUUUGCUUGUAAUAAUGGAGUUUUGAAAGGUAUUUUUGUGGGAUAGUGCAGUCCUCCUUUUACUGACCUA